AUGGCAGGAUUAUACGGCUUACUCUUUACAAAAUUGACUCUACCACAUGCCUCGGUCAUCGAGAGCAAGACUAUCCUCAUCACCGGCGCUAAUACCGGCCUCGGUCGAGAAGCUGCUCGCCAUGCACUUGCUCUGGGAGCUGGCACCGUCAUCAUGGGUGUGCGCACUCUGAGCAAAGGUGAGGAGGCCAAAGCGAGCAUCGAAGCAAGCACCGGCUGCACCGACAAGCAGAAGGUUCUCGUGUGGCCCAUCGAUCUAGAAUCAUUCGAUAGUGUUCAAGCGUUCGUAGCUAGAGCCCGUCAAUACGUCUCAGACGGAGGUCAGCUUGAUAUGGCUAUUAUGAACGCUGGCAUUGCCUCGGUCGAAUAUGCUACUACUAGUGAUGGAUGGGAAAGAGGGAUACAAGUGAAUGUGCUGUCGACUACACUGCUGAGUCUGUCGCUCUUGCCACUGCUCUUACGCACGAGAGACCGAGAUUCCUCGGCCAGACCGCAUCUGGCUGUCCUCACUAGCGAUAUCCAUAAGUCAAUUAAGUUCCCUGAAAGGUCUGUCGAUUCCAUUCUUUCUCUUCUGAACGGCGAGGAACAGUGGAGGAAAUCCCAAGCCAUGGGGGGAGCUACCGAGCGCUAUGGUGUCACUAAGCUGAUGGAUAUCUUCAUCACCAUGCAAAUUGCGGAUUUGGUACCUCGCGAUGAACUUCGAGAGCCACUCGUCAUUGUGAAUGCCGUGACCCCUGGAUUUUGCAAGUCGGAUCUCCUAACUAGGGAGAAGGCGCCGUGGAUCCUGAAGCUGGUGCAGGCUUUGAUUGCCAGGACAGUCGAGAAUGGUAGCAAAACCCUUCUACAUGCCGUGACUCAAGGGGUGGAGACUCAUGGGAAGUGGUUGGAGAACCAGGCUAUUGCAGAUCCUGGUACCAUUGUGACGAGCGAUGAAGCAGCGGCCGUGAGGAAGAAGGUAUGGGCGGAGAUCAUUUCUGUCUUGCGGGAUGUUGAUCCCGAGCUUCGAACUAAGUUUUGA